AUGCCUGGCGAUGUAGACAUUUACACGUACGCAGCUCUAGGGGUGGCUUGUUUCAUACUCUACCCCUUAGUUCACUACUAUCUCGACGCAAAGAAACUGCGGCGGUUCCCAGCUGCGAGCUUCUUGGCUCCAUUCACAUCCCUGUGGAUCGUUUCUCACUCACUGAGACGUAAGCGGUAUGUGACUGUUUACGAGGCGCAUAGAAAAUUGGGCCCAGUGGUUCGACUGGCUCCAGACCUACUGUCGUUCUCGAACGCGAAGGCGUGCAAAGAAAUCUAUAGCCACGGUGCCCCCGUGGUGAAAGCCGAGUUGUACUCUAACUUGGGAAAUGGCGUGCCCUCCAUGUUCCAAAUUAUUGGGAAGGCAGAGCACGGAAAACGGAGAAAACUGCUGUCGCACGUCUUUUCCGCCAAGCAAAUCUACGACAAAGAGCCCCGAGUCAUCAAAUUAGCAAAGGCCUUGUGCCGCAACUUGGAGAUUAAAGCUCGAGGUGGCAUGGUUGCGACUACAGACGAGUACCCUGUCGUGGACGGGGCUUUCGACGUGCGACCGUGGCUCAAUAUGUUCGCCUUCGAUGUCAUCACCGCGGUCUUCUGGUCGAGUCCCUAUGGCUUUUUGGAAAAGGGUAAUGAUAUUGCUCCUGCCGUAGACCUCAAGAACCGAGUCUUCAAGGUCCAUGCCAUGGAUGCUGCCCAUUCCAACACCAACUUCAUUAUUCCGUUCGCCCAGCUCCCACGGGCCUGGUGGAACCUAAUCCAGCUUGUUUUAAGCCAUACUCAUGGCGCCCAAUCCGCAAAGAACUUUCGAUCCAUGACGCGUUAUGUGGUGCGGCAUCGGAUAGAAAACCCACCAGCGGAGCCGGAUCUGUUUACGAGCUUUCCGUUGGAGCCUACUGAGAAACACGCGCACGUCCUAAACUCGGAGGAACUCCUCUCGGAGUGCUCGACAAUGCUCAGCGCGGGGCAGGACACGACACAAACGUCGCUCACAAACUGCCUGUAUCAUUUAUGCAAGAAUCCUUCCAAACUCCGCAAGCUCCGCAAAGUGCUUCUAGACAGCUUGCCGCCAGAGUCGCAGCCGAUCGCAAGCUAUUCUGACCUCCAAAGAAUUCCACUAUUGAGAGCUGUCCUGGACGAAAGCUUCCGCUGCAGCCCACCCCUCGGGUUUGGCCUUCCCAGGCUCGUCACGGAACCUGGAAUGACUAUCCAAGGACACUUCAUCCCCCCCGGUGUCGUGGUGGGCUCCCCACUCUACAACAUCCACCACGAUGAGAGCUUGUUCCCAGAUCCCUGGAGCUUUAUUCCGGAGCGAUGGUUAGGAGGGUCUGACCCUGACUAUAGUCCAUCGGCGGAAGAAACGGAGAAUCUCAAAACCUACGUCCAGCCAUUCAGUCUGGGUGGCCGGUCUUGUAUUGGCCGCAACAUGGCAUAUAUGGACCUCAGCAUUGCCAUUGCAGCACUAGUGAUGGAGUUUGACUGGGAGCUACGCGAUCCAGACUGCGAUAUUCAAUACGUCGAGAAGUUAGUCACAAACCCCGCGGCCUUAUGGGUGAAGGCAAAAUUAAGACCUGGCAUGGACAUUGAGUCACAGUCGAAGAGACAAGCGGCCAUGUCCGCCGGCCUGCCUAAUUAA